AUGCAAGCACAGAAAAGCUACAUGCAUGUGCAUGUAAUAUUGCUCUUGUGUAAUUGUAGAUCAUGGUGGGGAAAGACACUGGCCGUCCACGUGGUUUUGGGUUUAUUGCAUGCAGUUAUCGCCGAGGAGCUGAUGAGGGAGUUAGGUGAUAGGGUGAUAUCGGUGAACAAGGCUGAGCCCAAGGGUGGGGGAGAUGAUGUUGAUGUAGACCAUCUUCAUUACAGGGGAGGCUAUCCAUCCCGAGGAAAGGGAAGCCAUGGAGGAGGAGCUGCUUUAGAUGACUACAGAGACCGCUUUGAGGGUGGAGACAAGUAUGAAACUGAUGAUCUUUAUACAGUUGAGAGGUUUACGCCGUUUGGUGGGAUACCUGAACACCAUCAUCAUCUUGAGGAUAAUUAUGACAAGAGAGAUAGAGGCUUUGACAGAGACACAUACACAAGGGGUGCAAGUGAUUGGUAUGUAUCUAUGGGACCGUUAAGUGAUGAGGGAAGAGCCUAUAGGAGCAGACUGGGUCCUUAUGACCGUCCUAGCCGAGCUUAA